CCGAGGUGGAGUGGAAGCUGCGCUGGAAGUGAAGCGAGAAAAAGAGAGACGUGACGGGGCCGUGAAUGAAGCAGUCGCGUACGCGCGGCGCGGCUAAACGGCGCGGUUUAGCGAGAGCUAUCUCCGAUACGCGUCCGAGCGGCGAUUUUUCAAUCGGAAAACGAUACACGCGCGCGGAAACGUCGUAAUUAAAGCGCGCCCACUCGCGUCCACGCGCGCGUCGUUAAAGCGGCGGCGCGUUUUUGCGCGAGGGACUCGCGCGAGGAUCGUCGGUUACUUCGAAAGUACGAAACGCGACCGCUCUGUUCCUCCAACGUAGGGUCAAGAUCGGAACGCGAGUCCGUCCGCGCGGGAGGUGAAACGACGCUCGUUUCUUUUUUUUUUUUUAAUACAACGCCUCGUCUCACUCGCGCGUGUGCGAUUUCAAGUGUGUCCAGGACUGGCGCGCGGUGAGAUAAUUUUAUACGAGCGCGUACCAGUGCGCCAUCGAGAAUCGAUCUUCCCGAUUCAUCUCCGCUCACACUUUCCCGAGAAACUGAUGCGCGAUGGAAACGAUUUGAGCGAUUCGGUGUAAGUGUACCAGCCCGGAGGGCAUCGAUUACCAUUCGCCGGAGGCGGAAAGAGGAGCGCUACCGCUCGCGAGUGUGUUCAGUGCGAUUCUCGGAGCAGAGAGAGAGAGAGAGAGAGAGAAGGAGCGAGAGCCCCGGUUUUUCUCUCCUCUCGCACGCCGCGAGAAGACACGGCCAGAAACGGGCGGAGGCGCGAGUGAAAUGACACGGGGCAGAAGCGUUAAUUUAGGAAAGCCAAGCGCCGGACCGGCUCGCGAUACCGCGCGCGCACACACGCGCGCGUGAGCAAUUCAAUUAAGGGAGCGCGGGCGUGCGUGCGUGCGUGCGUGCGUGCCCGAUCGCGCAGCGAGAUAAUUCACGUUGUACUCCUCCCCGUGGGAUGAAUGAACGUGACCCGCACGUUUCUUCCUCCCGCCCGGGUCGCGACGCAGAGAGAAGAAGAAGGAGGAGGAGGAGGAAGGGGAGGGGGCGAGAGGGAGAGCGAAGGAUCGAAGGGUCGUGCGCUCCGAUAAGGGCAUCCCAAAGAUUCGCGAGCCCCUGGUCCCCCGGUCGCCGCGAGGAAGGCGACGACGUGCUCGCGCACCGAUCGUCCGAGGAUCGCCCCGGAAGGAUCGCGGCGCAUCGCGACAAUCCUUCUCCGCCGUAACGCAACGGCGCCCGAAUUUUCCCGCGGUUAGCGCCGAUCGCGAUCCCGCGAGUGGGUUGGAGCAACAUCGCCGCCGGCGAGAGGAGGAGGAGGAGGAGAGAUGUGCCGAGGGCAUCAUCUGCUCGACGUGACACAACGCGCCGGCGGUCCUCUCUCUCCCCCCCGCGAUGCGGAUAGAUGCGACGUGGGAGGAUCGUUAUCGGGCGGGCAAUAAGGUCGGGAGCAAUUGAUCCCUCGGCGCGGCGUGUGUCGGUGGAUCUCGCCGGUUGAUCCGGACGCGCGGACGACGACCGCCGCCCUUCCGUCGGCCAUGGAUAGGAAGAGCGGAGGAGAGGCGCGGCCGAAGAUCGAGAUCGUGCGGGUCUCGUCCAUCGAGCGCAGCAACUUCCGGCCGCUGGACGGGGUGCAGCUACGCGCGACCUACAGCCACGUGCGGGUGGGCACUUACUGCCCGGAACCGGAUGCGGCCGGCGGGCCGGCCGAGACCAAGCCGCCGGUCGAGCAAGCGCGGCGCUUCAAGAAAAAUUUGGGACCAGUAUCAAGACUGCUGAGACGUCGUCAUCACGCGACAUGCCUUGCCACCAAAUCCUGUGAUAACAUUUAUAGCGUGAAUAGGAAUAGUAAUUCUCUGGACUGGAGAGUCAACCAGAACGCCAACGAACAAGAUCUGCAAGCCAGGCAGAGCAGCAGCCUAGACUGGAGGGUAGGAAGGUCCGUCACUUUCAGCUCGAAUCGGCUCCACUGGGGUAGCGCGACGCGGAGCGCCGAGCAGCUUUCCAGGAGCGCGCCUCUCACUUCCGAUCAUCUUCAGACGCCGAGCACGAGAUCGAAACUUGUGUCGCUAUUGAGACGACUCUCCCCGCGCCUGUCCCGACCCGGAAGCAAGGGCUCGCUGCAAUCGUCGCCGACGAUUUGUCCCUGGGUCCAAGUAGAGUACUCGGCGGAAUCGAUCGAGGCCGGCAAGCGAGAGGAGGCGCAGGAGAACGACGCCAGCUUCCAGCAGGAAUUGCAGUUGAACGAGCUGCGGAAACGGAUGGCCGGGAUUGCCUCCACGUCCCAGGUCACGACGAAGACCGCCAAGGAUGGCGCGGGGCAACCGAGUCUGCCGCGACCCAGGAUUCAGGUGCAGGAACCCGAAACCGAGUGUAACCACCGGAACGUCCGUACAACUGUGCACGAGGAUCGCGUGGACGAGGAACGGCGAGCGAGCGGGCAGCCUCGGCGCGGCGGUGGCGAGGUGGCGGGUCUGGAGGACGUCGACGACUCCUGUGCCGCGACGGUGACGUCGUCGGUGCCCGGAGCCGGUGGCAUCCGCUCGCAUCGACGCACCAGGCCGCUCUCCUUGGCAGUGCAGCCCCUCAACUAUCAUCGCCUCGACCCGGAUCCCCGACCGCCAGCGCAGAGCGUCACCAGGCACCACCCCAACAUGACCAGCCAGGAGAGCAUCGGCAGCUGCAGCCUGGACGUCGACCGCUCCGCGUCCGACCGAUCAGAGAACACCGUGGACUCCGUGUCCGAAAAGACACUGCACAGCCUGAAUCUGUCGUGCAACGGCGAACCGGUGACGUUACCCGAGAAAUUGGCGAACGGUAGCAACGAGACGUUGCAGAAGUCGCAUCUCACCCCCGACGAGAAGAAGUUGAACGCCAGCAAUGCUCAUCGCGGCAGCCCCGAGCCGGAGCUGACGGCAGCGAAGAAGCCUAGCUACUUGGGACUGGCGUGCAGUAUAAGCGGCUACUCAGGAAUCACCAGGUACGACAGUAAACUGAGGGAGGGAUUCCGCUCGAGAGACAGCAGUCCCGGCACGAGGCUGAUCACGAGGGACACGAGUCCUGCAGGUUUCAGAUCCAACGAGAAUCUUAGCGUUCCGACGCCCCAACAUCCGCCUAAGAGCCAGUCGAUAUCGCCGUUAGCGAUGGAGAGGCAAAACGGAUUCACGAACGGCGUGAAGGAGGAGUGCAAGGUCGAAACGUAUCGAGAGAGUAGAAGUUCAAUCGGCAUGGCAUGCCAGGGUUACUCGGAAGUCGACAAGGGGGUGUCGUUGCACGCGACGUUUUCCCAACUCAGCCCGAUGAGGAUGAGCACUUCCGCCAGCAAACGGAGCCCCGGAUUGUCGCCGAUGAUGUCCUGCGGUCAGCAGAACAAGUCCAUGGGCACGGGUUUCUCUUCGUCGAAGCAAGGUGUCACGAAUCCUUCGGGUGCAUCGUUUAGCGAUACUAGUAUUCUAAAUGGCUCGUCGGUAGAGGUUGAGAGUCAAGUGUUAAACACCUCGUCGAGCAGCGAGAAAUCCUUUAUUCAGCAGCGAGUGGAACGGCUGUACGGUCCAGGUGCUCUGGCGCAAGGUUUCUUCUUCAAACGCAGCACCACUAAGUUAAACACCAGCGACAGUAUUUUCAAUAAAUCCAGUAAUAACAAUGACAUUUCGGCAGACAACGCGAACACGGAGGAAUCGUUAAAGAAUCUGCCUGUCCUGCGACACUUGCGUCCGGAAUUUCGGGCGCAGCUCCCUGUAGUCAGUAGUAGAAAACCCACAGACGGCACGGAACAAGUUAUAAAGCCACUGCAAAGGAUAAUGCGGGCAUUACGAAAACCCGAGGAGAAAAACCCUACGAAUUCGCAGAACAGCGUAGUGAGAAGAAUUCCGAUUACCAUAGAGGACGAUGGACCGCAGCGCGAUAUGGCUAGUGAGAGCAUACCCGAUCAGCAGCCGGCCGCGCCGAAAGUAGUGUUACCUGUGUUGGAACCUAGCGUCAGCUCGACAAACAUAGCGAAACAAGCCCAAGAGGCGGAAAAAAUAGAGAAAGAUGGUCAUUAUUUUAUGAAGAUAUUGAAACAAGAGACAGAUAGACUGCUGUCGUUGGCCACAUCUGCAGAGGCCGAAUUAGCCAGCGGCGACACCGUUGCACUGCCAGAAGAGGCGGCUGGUAAGCUGCGAUCUGCCGCGGGAAAGGCUAGACUGUUAGCUUCGCAGAAGAUGCAGCAGUUUGAAGGAUUAUGUCAAAAGAAUAUCAAUCAGGUGCCGGGUGAAGAAUUUCCAACGACGAACGAGGACUUGGCUGGCUUCUGGGACAUGGUGAUGUUGCAGGUUGUUCAAGUAAACGAACUUUUUGACCAGAUAGAGGAACUAAAGAAGUCGCAAUGGCAAGAGGUCGUGCCGGACAAGAAAACCGCGUCGACCUCGCAAAACGGUAAACGCCGAGUCAUACCAGUCCACAAAGCGAAACCGACCGCGAACAGCGAGGCGAACAAAAAGGCGCGAGAGGCGAGGGAGCAGGCGCGACGACAAAUGAUUGAGGAACGAAGACGAGCGAUGCGCUCCAAUGCGCAGAACGCCGACAGUUCCGUCGAGAUCUUCGCUCCCGAAACGUAACGACGAACUGUUGUACGUUGAGUCCGAAUCGAUACUAUCCGCUCGACAUUGCGACUCCUAAGGAAUAUUAGCGUGUACAGACCGUCAGUUCGAACGAAAGGGGGAAAAAAAAGAAAGAUAGGACUCGAGCUCGUACACGAGGCCGCAACGCAAUCAGCCUCGGCAAAAGAAUCAAAUUCGCUUGUUAUAAUUAUUCAUUCAAGAUAUUAUCCUUCGCUGCACACGCGAAUUAUGCGCGGCGAGGAACAGGAAAGUAUUAAGCAGAUAUAUAUCAUGUAAUAUGUGUUGAAAAGUUGCUGAAAAUUUAAUGCUACUACAAAUAAGAGAGAGGAUAUAACACACGAGUUAACGAAAAGCGCUUACGUUUCGCUGUUUCUCACUCUUUUUUUCAUCGAACUUCGACGUGUCACGCCUCGAAAAUUCUAGCGCAAUAACGCGACACACGAUGUGUCGCCUCUUGUCCAUAGAGAUAUUUUAUAAACGAAAGGUGAGAUAUUUACUGUAGCACUUUAUCAAAUUGUUUUUCUACGUUAUGUGUCUCCGGAUGGACAUUCUUAACUUAUAUUUAUAUAAAUGGUAAUAAGUUGCGUGGGGCAAAAGUUAGGAACCGGCGACUGAGGAAGAAAUGAUUGCGUGAUCCCGCAAAAAAUUCUCGCCAAUGGGAUAAUCAGUCGCAUUUUAAAAGUCAAGAGAUGCGUCUAGGUUAAGGAUAAAUAAAUCGAUGAGAAUUUGUAACAUAUAUAAUAAUUUGAUAUAUAUAUAACGACUUCUGACGCAAAACGCGUUAUUUACUAAUUUAUUCGGGAUAGAUCCCGUUAUCGGUGAUUCGCAAUCUCCUUAACCUAGACAGGUAGUUUAUUACGUAGCUUAUAUAUGUAAAUAGAAUUAAUGAAUAUUCACAAUUUGCACAAGGCUGACUCCACGCCGAGUGUUCGCCUAAUAGCUUUUUCUAUCAGACGUCGAUAAAGUUUCCCCCGUUGAGAGGUAUUGUCAACCGCAGGCAGGCGUAAAAAGAUUCCUAUUAUGCUUAUUAUAUAUUGCGCGUCUGACGGCGAUAAAUAUUAUUUUAUUAUUAUUGUUCCAAUUACGACCAUGUGCAGUUACACCUUCGCGUCUCUCCCGCGCGAAACAUAAAUUGAACCCGCGUUCUCCUCAGAAAUGCUCUCAGCGACGCGAUGUUUCCUGGAGACUCAAUGUGCCAGAAACACCCGAUGCUAACGUAUUUUUUUUCGACUUGUAAGAUUGUGUUUGAUGAAUCUUGGAAUAUCACACAUAAUUCGAAACGCUCGUCGAGAGAGAAAGAAAGGUGUAUCGGAACCCGCGUGACAGAUGCGUUGAUAAUGUCCUCGCUAUCGCGAUGGACCUCGGCGACGAGGAUCCGACUGUGAUCGACGUACGUGUCACAUCCGCCGAAUUUGACAUUCCUGCGACAAGAGUAUCUCUCGUCACGACACGUCACACUCUUCUUCUUUUCGUUUAGUUUGUAGCGAUAGCGUUACUCCUCGGCGUCCGAUCCAAUGGUCAGCGGUUCUAACGGCAAGUCAUCAACCAAAUAACACUCAUACUCUAGGUAAAUAAUCACACGCGCGUCGUCACACGCCAACUGUAAUCGCGAUUCCGUUUAUAAUGUUACAUUUCUUAUCAUAAUUGCCAAUUACACUCGUCUCACUCGAAAUUUUCAUACAAAUCUGCCCGGAUAAUUUAUUGAUUGUUGAUUCCCUUGGUGCCUUCAUUAUUUAUACGUGUGUACAUACAUAAUCGACUGACAGCCGAUAAUUUCGUGUACAUGUAUCUAUUUAAGUUAUACGUUCGACCGAAUUUCACGAAAUCUGUUGAUAAAUGAGAAUAAAACAAAUAAAUUCCAUUAUUUAUCAGUCA